AUGCCUAAACCUAGGAAGAGGCUAGAUAGAGAGAUAAAGUAUAGUGGUAAUUGGGUAGCAACUUGGGUUGCUCAAGGUCUAUUCCAAGUUGAGCAUGCUGGUUUUGAAGACCAGUUUAUAGUUGAUAUAGAUAAGCAAUCAUGUACCUGCAACUAUUGGGAAUUAAAUGGAAUUCCCUGUAGACAUGUUGUGGCUUGCUUCAAUGAUAAGGGUCUUAAGCCUGAGAAUUAUGUGCAUCAAUAUUACCUUAGAGCAACUUAUGAAAUUUGCUAUGGGCACAUGAUUUCCCCAAUUAAUGGUGAGAAUAAAUGGCCAAAGAUGAGUCAAGAUGACAUCCUUCCUCCUGAGAUUAAAAGAGGGCCAAGAAGGCCCAAAAAAUUAAGGAGAAGGGAACCUGAUGAACUAGAUAAGUGUCAGCCUUUCAUAAUAGAAUAA